AACCCGACCCAAUGUCCGCCUCAACCGUCUCCAUCACCGCCAACCCCUCCGCCCGACGCCGCCCCGUCGAGAAGAAAUCCCCCGUGGACAUCCUCGCCCCCGACGCCGUCGCCUUCGCCACUACAACCGCCGCCGCGGAGGAUCGCAGCCACUCGAUCAGCCGCGACGGCGUCGUCGAGAGAUCCCGGGACGCGAUUCAACUCAAGAAGACCACUUUACCCCCCUCCGCCACCGCCUCGGGGCCCACACGCGGCCGCACGACCCGGAAGACCAAUCCGAAACCACGGUGGCAGACGGUACUCAGUGUUUUUACUAAGAAUUUCUUGCUUUUGGUUGUCCUACUAGGUUUCGUUCAGAUGAUAAGAAAAGCCGUUGGUCCUGGUAGUAGUAGUGGUAGUGAUAAUGCAGUGUCGUUUUCGGCCGAGGAUUUCGAGGGGCGGAUAGCAGAAGUGGAGAAGUUUUUAAAGACUACUACGAAGAUGAUGCAGGUUCAGAUGGAUGUCGUUGAUCGAAAGAUCGAGAACGAGGUUUUAGAUCUCAAAACGGAUUUAAAGAGAAUUGAGGAGAGGCGGGAGGCGUUCGAGAGAGAGUUGGGGAAGUUGGACGGGAGGACAGAGGGUUUGGAGAAGGCAUUGGGAGAGUUGAGGUCGACAGAGUGGUUAUCGAAACAAGACUUGGGUUUGUUUUUCGAUGAGUUGAGGAAGAAGAAUAAGGGCUUGGGUAAUGGAGAUUUAAACUUGGAUGAGAUUAGGGCAGUUGCUAGGGGUAUAGUUGAGAAGGAGAUUGAAAAGCAUGCUGCUGAUGGACUGGGUAGGGUGGACUAUGCGCUGUCAUCGGCCGGUGCUACAGUUGUGAAGCAUUCAGAGCCGUAUGGGGUUGGGAAGGGAAAGGUUUGGUUUUAUACUGCUAAUAGGAAUGAGGUUCAUCACGAGGCGAAUAUGAUGCUGAGACCCAGUUUUGGAGAGCCGGGGCAGUGUUUUCCUCUCAAGGGAAACAAUGGGUUUGUGGAAAUCAAGCUUAGGACUGCUAUUAUUCCGGAAGCUAUUACUCUGGAGCAUGUCGCCAAGAGUGUCGCUUACGAUAGGUCAAGUGCACCGAAGGACUGCAGGGUUUCUGGAUGGCUGGAAGAGCAUGAUAGUCCUGAACAACAGAUGUUUCUCUUGACCGAGUUUACGUAUGACCUCGAGAAGAGCAAUGCUCAAACUUUCAAUGUGCUGGACUCGGUGGGCUCCGGCAUGGUUAACACCAUCAGGCUUGAUGUCGCAUCCAACCAUGGUAGUGCUUCUUAUACUUGUAUCUAUCGCUUGAGAGUGCAUGGUCACGAACCCGACUCUGUCUCAUUGCCAGCUACCCAGUCUUGAUUCAGCUAUGUUACUGUUGGGUGCAUCAUUGUUCCUCUUGUAAUAUAGUUUGUAGUUUUGUUAUUUGUCUGUCUUCUGUGUUAGGUACUACUACUACUAUUGUUUUCUAGCUUUUAGACCAUGACGAUCUAUCAGGUGUUCAGAUAUUGAAUUGGUUAUGAUCUGAAACAAA